AUGAAGAUAUAUGGAACUGGGGUCUUAAUGUUUGGGGCUGCCCUGCAGCAGUACGCGAUUUCAAGAAAGCACGCAGCCUCUACGCAGAGAAAUUGCAAUGACAGCAAAGCUACUCUUUUGUUGUACUAUACGACAGGCUUAUCAUGUGAAAUUAUUGCUUUAAGCUUGGUUUCUUUUUUUCAUUAUAUUACUGCGAGUAAUUUUAAGGCAGGCUCAAGUCAUCUUUUAUUUUUGAGCUUUUUUUGGCAUAAAGCUGAGCAAAUCACAAUUUCAUGGCCGAGUAUGAUUGGGAAUGCGGCGAUAUUGACAUCAAUUGUGUAAGAAAUAUAAAGGUUGGGGUGCUAUAUUGACGUAGAUGGAUAUACAGAACUUAAUGGAGAUCUAUUGGGGUACAUAAUUCUUGGAAUUUGCUCUUUUUUUGUAUUUGGUUUUUGUGCAAGAUUUACAUUAAGAGGUAUUUAUAAAGCAUUUUUGUGCGGAAGCUUAGGGAUGAUGAAUGUGCUGUGCAUAAAAAUCAUCGCUCUCAUGAUACUCUACAUAUUAGAUAAUGAAUAUCAGUCUCUGUCAUAUGCAAUUUCUUUUAUUCUUUUGGCAGUGGUUUUGACAUGCUUAGAGAGCUCAUAUAGCAAAUUAUUAAAAAUCGAAUACAGUAUUGUAAGAUCUAUCUAGAUUGAAAUUUAUAUUGGUUAUUACAUCUCAAUCCUUAUUUUCGGAUUGCUUUCUUCUCGCUAUUUAUUAUGAGAAGAAAUCAAAAAUGACGUUUUAUUUUUUAGCUGUGUGCUAAUUCUAAUUAUUGUAUGUUUUAUGCAGGGUAUUAGCUGUCAUUAUCAUGGAACUUUAUAUGCUGAAAAUAAAGACAGCUUUGAAUUGUCUAAUGCUAAUGAUGAUAAGCUUGAGGAAGAAGAAAAAAUUGAAAAUUAA